AUGUUCCUCGGAUCAUCAACCUUCUUGGCUGCUAGCAUAGCACUGCUACCUCAAGCUACAUCGGCAACAUCCUUCGGUAUCCCCUCUCGCCAGCAACAGGGCCUCUACAACUCUAAAAUCGUCUUCGAGGCACCUAACCCUACUUGGCUUGAAGGAAUAGCAGUGCGAUACAAUGGUCAAAUCCUCACUACGACCAUUAGCGGGCCAAUGUUGCUACAAGUCGACCCAAGCCAGAAGCGCGACUCAAUCGUAGUCGCACAAAUCCCUGGCGCCACGGGCACUUUGGGGAUCACCGAGCUCGAAAAAGAUGUGUUCUACCUCAGCGCGGGCGAUAUGAGUAACGUAACUGCCACGAGCUUGGUUUUCCCCAGCAAGAUUUGGCAAGUGGAUAUGCGUCCUUUCCGCGUGAAUCAGCAAGGAAAUGUCGCUCGGCCAGCAAAGAUAUCUUUGGUUGCGGAUCUGACUAACACUACGUUUGUCAACACCUUGUCUCGACUUGGACCGAAGGACAACUCGGCAAUACUCAUCUCCGACUCUGGCGCUGGUCACAUCCUUAGGCUAGACGUUCGCACUGGCAUUUCUUCAGUGGUCAUCAGCGAUCCAACUAUGCUAUCGACCAUACCUGGAGCAGCAGGUGUCACUGGAAUCCAUAUCCACGGCUCCGAGCUAUUCUACGCCAACUUCGCUGCGACGACCUUCUUCAAGAUGCCCAUCUCGCUUACCACUGGCAUGCCGACCGGGCCAGCAACGCUCAUCACGAAUGGCACUCUUAUCGACGAUUUCACACUCUCCAGAGAUGGCAAGAAGGCGUAUGCGUGCACGAAUCCUCGUGGUCAGUUGAUCGAAAUCGAUAUACCUGGUCAGACAUUUCGCCCCGUUGCUGAAGGUCUGAAUGCAACAUCCGCUGCACUAGGUCGUGGUCGGUUCGAUCGGAACAGUGUGUACUUUGUCAGUGGUGGUGGAUUGGACUUUCCUCUUACAAAUCCAGGCGUUUCUGGCGGAAGAGUUGUGAAGGUUGAUCUUUAG